AUGAGCUUGUUCAUUCAACCAUAUAAAGAUGUGAAAAUAAGCAACUGGUCGUUCCUUAACAGUUAUCUGGAGAAACCACCAGCUCCGCCACUUCCAUACCAUAUCUACUUCACAUAUGGAAUUGAUAGCGCUCCAUUGAAUUUCUUUUUGGAACUGUCGAUCUCGGAGGCAUCCGUCGCAGCCCCUAAAAAUGUGGUCAAAGAGGCAGCUGCUAAGUUGCCCUGGUACUACGCCAGUGGGUUCCUGCUAUUCUGGGGACUCCUCUUUUUCGCCGUUGUAAUACCAUUCUUCUACCGGUUACCUACAGCAAUGACAAUGGAGGACGCUAAGAAAAAUGUAUUCAUUGCAGAACGUGCUUACAAAAAUCUGUACACUUUAUCUAAUAUUGGUACCAAAUUGCCUGGCAGUUAUGAAAAUGAGGUUGAAGCAGUGAAUUUUAUUAUGAACGAGCUGUCACAGAUUCAGUUAGAUCUACAGAAUGACUAUUUCGAUAUGGAAAUCGACUUGUCACGAGCAUCUGGGGGAUAUCCAUUUAAAAAUCUUCUAAACCAAUACCAAGGCGUUCAAAACAUUGCUGUGAAAUUAUCGACAAAGAACUCAACGAGCGAGUCCUACCUUCUGGUUAACAGUCACUUCGAUUCUAAGCCAUUUACUCCCUCUGCUGGGGAUGCAGGCGUUAUGAUAGUCACCAUGCUGGAGAUAUUGCGCAUUAUAUCUUCUACUAAGCAAACCUUUGAGCAUCCCAUUGUCUUCUUGUUUAAUGGAGCUGAAGAAAGGUCUAUGCAAGCUUCGCAUGGAUUCAUAACUCAACACAAAUGGGCUCCAAACUGCAAAGCUGUCGUUAAUCUUGAAGGUGCUGGCAGUGGAGGUCGAGAAGCCCUCUUUCAAAGUGGACCCAAUCACUCAUGGCUUUUACAGUAUUAUAAAAAGUAUAUAAAAUACCCAUUCGCUACAACUGCGGGUGAGGAAAUAUUUCAAGCCGGCUUUAUUCCAUCGAGCACAGACUUCGAACAGUUCACAACUUAUGGCAACAUCCCAGGUUUGGACAUGGCGCAAAUUAUUAAUGGAUUUGUUCUCCACACCAACUACGACACAAUUGAUGUGAUACCUCGUGAAUCCAUGCAGAAUACUGGUGACAAUAUUCUCAGUUUGGUUCGAGGCACAUAA